AUGGCUGCCAUGUUCCGGCCCCGUCAUAGCUCCAGACGGACAAGAGGACGUCAUGAUAGUGGAGAUACGGAUGUCCCGUUGGAUCUCGGCCGAGCUCCUGAGGAGAAUGUACGUGAUAUAUUAGUCAAUAUAGUUAAGACGUCUGGUAGUUCAAGAGGGAGAAAGCUUGGCCAUCUCAAUAAUUUUGUUAAAAUUUUAAAAAAUGUUUCUUCAGAAACAGAUUUGGGAAUUAAGUUACCUGAACUUAUAUGUUGUUUGAGACUUUCUCUUCUACAUGAGGCGAAAGAAGUACGGGCUGGUGGAUUGCGAGCGCUACGAUAUUUGAUAACAAAUGUAGAAACGCUACAAGUGUUAUUGAAAUAUCACAUUGAUAUUCUUGUUGCAAGAUGCAUUGACAUAAACCAGAAUAAUGAAGUGGAACGGGCACAAGCGCUUCGGUUUAUGAGAAAGAUUAUUACAGUGUGCCCAGAAUUGUUUCCCAGAUCUCUUGCCAAUACAAUAGUUGCCAUUGGUAACGAUGGUGGACAUGAGAGGGACAGGUUACUGAGAUCCUCUGUAGCCACAAUAUGUGAAUUAGCUUUAAAAAAUAUAGAAAUUAUUUCAGAGUGUGGUGGAAUUAAUACAAUACUACACAACAUAUUAGACAGUCAGUUAUCUCGGGUGAAUGAAUCGUUGGUAUUUACAAUAUUAUAUUUAUUAAAUCAACCACAAACAAGAAAAUAUAUCAAAUCAGAUGUCGACUUAGAGAAAAUUUUAGCUCCUUACACAGAUAUUCACUAUCAUCAUACUUUCCAAAUUCCGGAUGCCCAUAUAAGUGAUGAUAGACAUGCACGCUGUUUAGCAAGUCGUAUGGCGAUAGUAACGAUGUUUAGAUCAUGGCCAGGAAUGAUACGUCUUUGUAGACCUGAUGCCAGUGGUUUGUGUUCAUUUCUUGGUGUUUUAUCAGUUCCUAAUGAGGAUUUGAGGAAAGGUGUCAUGGACGUCCUUUAUGAAAUAUUUAGUCUUCCAAUUCCUGAAUGGACGGAUAAUUUUAAUAUAGCCUUACUGAGUUCAGAUCCUUCUCAAGAGCAUGUAUCAUGGAAGUUGUCAGCUGGGUUUGUGGUCGAGGAAGCAAAGCGGGUGUUGCCACAUCGGGCAAUGACGCGAAGUAAUCUAGUGGAGAAUCACAUAGCAUUGAUAUUACAAGCUUUCAUCGGUGCUGGAUUAUUAGAGAGUCUAGUAGAAGUCAUCACAACAGGAGAGCAGCACUUAUCAAUAAGAGCAACAAUAUUAUUAGGAGAGUUAUUACACAUGGCGAAUACACUAUUACCAUAUGAAUGUGGUCACCAUUCUCAUUGUUUACCAACUCUGAUGACAAUAGCAGCUUCAUUUGACGUCCCACCUAUAGAACGAGUUCGAGCCAGUAUAGCUGUCAAUCGAUUAAACCGAUUCCAUGAAAUGAAGAAGAGGGGUCCAGUGCCGUCAAGUUUAUUUUUAGAUCAGAUCAUGAAAUAUACAAGGGAGCAUAAAAUUGACACGCAAUUAACUGAAAGACUCAGUCAUGAAAAACUAAUUAAAGCUAUUUACAAGGACUAUGAUGAUCCAGUUGGGCAGGCAAUUAGAGACUCUAUGGUGAUUUCAACUUCACAACAUCAGGCUUGGAACUGGAAUAUUAUUACAGCUUUACUCAAGUGGCCAAGUACCUCACUAAGAAGACUAGAUGAUACUGUGAAUCUCAGAUUUAUCAGGAGAUUAAUCCAAUUCUUCAAACCCAGCAGUUGUCUGUAUGACAACAUUGAGUUGUCUGUGUUGGAUUCUGACAAGUACUCAGUGGCUGGUAUACAACUCGUAGAUUUCCUACUGACAUGUGAAGAGGAAGGAGAGAAAAUCUUGAGUGAGCUGAUGCAAGAGAUAGUAGAUUGUUUAGCCGACACAUUGAAGAGGACACCACAAUCAGCAGACGCCAUUUUUGGCUCUCACAAAGUUACACAUAAUCUGAGUCAACAUUAUUUUUUAUUUAUUGGUAAAUUAACUACUACUUUAUCAGGAGAAAAGAUUUUGGAGAAGACUGGAUUAUUUCAACAUUUACUUGAUCUCUGUUCGUCGCAGUCUCAUGAAUACCUCAUCAAAUUAGUUAUCACCAGUUUAGACUAUACUAGGGACAGUCUGUCAAGAAUCAUACUAUCCAAAGUGCUGUCAUCAGCACCAGAGAAUGUAAGACAGUAUGCCACCAGUCAUCUUAGAGUGUUACUACGAGCCCAGGCUCCCUUCUUCACUAACUGGGGAAUGGAAUUGCUUGUGACACAACUGUAUGAUAAGAACCGUGCCAUUGCUAUAGAAGCCAUUGACAUCUUAGAUGAGGCCUGUGAGGUGGAGGCUAAUUUACAUGCUUUAGUUCAGAUGCGACCGUCGUUACUUCAUAUGGGGGACAAAGGAGUUUUGCUUCUUAUAAGGUUCCUCUCCAUUCCAAAGGGUUUUAAGUGCCUUUCUGAUGUAAACUUUGUCACUCAUGAACUUGAGAAGUGGAAGAAGACAUUCAACAAAAAGUAUGUAAUUAUAGUCGAAGCUGAGCUCAACGAAUCAUUUACAUCAUAUCAGAGACCACCGAGUGAUGGUCAGGUGAUGAGGCGUUCAUCAGAACCCAAACAGAGGCAACGGGAUGUCUUUGUACCUGUACAUUUGUAUGGUCAAUUGGUGCAACACAAAGCAGGUUCUGAUCUAUUGGACAAGCAGGAUGCUGUACCUGAAUUAAGUCGAUCUGUGAGGUACCCUGAGCUAGAUCAAGAAGGCAUCUUGAAUCUCAAGGCAGCUAUAUGGGGAUUGGGUCAUAUAGGAAGUUCCAUUUGGGGACUUAAGCUACUGUUGCAAGAAGAGAUAAUAGCUGAUAUUAUCAGAUUAGCAGAAGAAUGUGAAAUAUACUCAAUCAGAGGGACAUGUUUCUAUGUGCUUGGUAUGAUAGCCAAGACAAAGAAUGGAGCCGAUCUGUUACGAUCUUUGGGAUGGGAAAGUGUCCGGCAUAGUCGUAAAGAUAUCUGGCCAGUUGUGGAAGAAGACGAUGAUUUAUUGGAUAAAGGAGGAAGUUUCCUCCCUGAUUAUCCUUCUAUGUCUAGUAUCCAUAGCAACAUUGAAAGCCCUCAUUACUCGGAUGCUGUGCCUUUUUUGGGGAGUGGUGAUAGGACUUCAGAUGGCAGUCCUAGUAGUACAUUCUUUCUUGACAUCAAUGAACAUGGGGAGCAUCACUUAGUGAAAGGAGCAGAUAAAUCUCCAGGUGGGAGUACUACAUCACCAAUAAGGGAUAAAUUAGGUUUCCCGUUCUAUCAAGUUGAUGUAGAUAACCGUAAUAGAAGCACAAAUAAUGCUGCGUUACGAAAGUACAUAGCCAUGUCAAAGGAACGUGAUAUCCCGCGAGAUUCAGAACUAUCUAAAUCUGCAGGGAAAUUGAAACGCAAUGUAACAUCUCCGAUUCUUCGAAGUACUAGUAUGCAUGGAAGCCCGACUCGGGAAGUCAAAUUGCGCAGCAAUAGUGACAGUAGGACUCAAAUGGUAUCAGAGGAAAUGUCUGGAAAAUUGCGUAGUAGUAGUAGUGUUGACUUCAAGUGCAAUACUCUGCCUAAACAGCGAAGUCAAAGCUUCAAAUAUCGUAGCAAUAGCAACGAAAGCAGUGGACGAGGCAGCACCGAUACGAAGAGUCGUAGUGAAAGUUUCACUGAGACAGUGACGAGUGGCAUUAGUUCGUUAAACUCUAUUCAGUCAAACCCAUCAUUUGAACUAACAACCGAAAGCAACUCUAGUGUUAGUACAAUAAGUAGUUUGCAAACUUUUAAAACUGUUCAUUCCUCAGACUUUGCAAGGAAGCAGGUGAACUUGAAACGAACGCCCAGUUUUACGAGACGUUUUUCAAGCCCCAUUACAAGUUUGAGUCCCCCUGGUGGGAAAUCAUUCACUCUCCCACCAGGCGUUCACCUUAAUACUAAUAAAAGUACCAUUGUUGAAGCUAACGCAGUGUAUACAACAACGCGGGAUGCGCAAGGAUAUGCGGCUCUUAAGAAUUUGAAAAAAAUUCGAGCUGAGUCAAUGAGUGAUAAUGUUGACGUCAUAUCCUGGUCUGGUUUUCCUCUGUGCAGUCCACCGAAAGCGGGAUUUGGUAGAAGCAAUACAUACACCGGAAGAUUAGCUUCAUUGGGGGAAGGUAGCACAACAUCUUUGGAAAGCGUAGACAGUACUAAGAAGUCCCGGUCAUUGACUCAGAAACCUCACUCAACCAGUGGUGGUGGGGGUGAUUAUGUAGGGUUAUGUCUACCAGUAGAUGUCAAUAUGAUAUUUCAGGUUGAUGAUCCACCAAGCAAAAUCACUUCAUCAGGAAUCCAUCGACAUGGAGGACCACUCUCUGUAUUAUCCCCUGUAUCAGAAAAAUGCCUGACAUCUGUUGAUGCUCAAGUUUCCACAACUACAUCAAUGGCACCACAAUUUAGUCUCACACAAGCAGCAGAAACUUUACGUCAACAGGUCAGAGAGCGAAAAAUCUCACGGAUGGAAAGCGGUUUUGAAGCUCAUGCCAUUGACAAAUGCUUACUGUGUACAAAGGUCAGGAUCAAGAGCUUUGCCGUGACGAUAGAAGAAUACACAGCAGAUAUUGGACGUCUGCGAGCAUUAAGUGAGGCUGAUGAUAGCGUUUUACCAUCUUCAGCAGAACAUUAUGCAGAACCUAGCUCAGGAACGACACCACAGUCCUCGUUAGUCAAAUCGUUGUCUCUCACGAAAUCACCUUGCAGUAGCGACAUGACCCCGUCUAGUGCAAGUAGUGAUGAUUCAACACCAGCGUUCAAGAAGCUGACAGAAGACAGUCCACUCGGAAGAUCUUUAAUAAAGAAGGAGAUUGUGAGACUAGUUGUUAAUCUGAGUAGUUCAGUGGCAAUGAAAGCCCAGGAGCAAGGACUUCUCAGUUUGAAGGAGCGUUUUCCAAAUGCCUUUCAGGAUGUAUGUUUGUAUUCAGACAUUGCUGAUAUACUGGGCAACUACUCGUUUAGACUAGGUGCUCGGAGAUUCGUACAAGAACUUUUUCAAGAUAUGGUAUUUAGUGAGAUGUAUGCUGACGCCAGAGCAAUAUUGCAAAUAACGGAAGCUGAGAUGGCCAAAAUGGAAAAUGAAACAAUUCUUUGA